AAAAUAGGUGGUCCGAAUUUUCGGGGAAAACGAGAAAAUUGACAUCCUCUCUGUCUCUCCACUCUCUCUCUCUCUCUCUGUGUCUCUCACGCAGGUGGUGUGCUCGAGGAGGAGGGUGGAGAGGCGAGAUCUGAGGGAGAGAGCGAUUUAGAUUAAAGAAAGAAGGCAAAAAGACGCCGCCUUUGAUUCGGUGAAGAUGGAUCAGGUGCUCAACAAGGUGGGCACGUAUUGGUUCAGCAAGAAGGCCAACAAGGAGAUCAACUCCGUCGGCGAUGACAUCAAUUCAUUGUCCAGCAGCAUCGAAGGAGGAGCAAAAUGGUUGGUUAACAAAAUCAAAGGGAAGAUGCAAAAACCACUUCCAGAACUCCUAAAGGAAUAUGACCUGCCAGUUGGGAUAUUUCCUCGCGAUGCAACAAACUAUGAAUUUAAUGAAGAGACAGGAAAGCUCACAGUCUUCAUACCCACAAUCUGCGAAGUGGGCUACAGGGACUCUUCGGUUUUACGCUUUUUCACCACAGUUACUGGAUAUCUUGAGAAAGGGAAACUGGCAGACAUAGAAGGGAUGAAAACAAAGGUGAUGAUAUGGGUGAAAGUGACGGUGAUAUCAGCUGAAGGAUCAAAGCUUCAUUUAACUGCUGGGAUGAAGAAAACCCGGAGCAGAGAUGCUUAUGAGGCUCUCAGAGAUGGAGUAAUUGUAGAUAAGUUCUAAAACACGUGAAGCUUGUAUUUGUUUACUUGGUACUGUUCUGAUGAGCUUCUGUGCUUACAAUGCUUUGAAGCAAUGUGGCUUGAUUAACUACUAGUGCGAAAACUUUCAAGUGUAUGUAAUCUUCAUCUGUUCUAAAUGUUUCUAUCAUGGUGUUAGCCCAAUCUCAAGAUCUGUUCUUGUCAGAAUUCAAUGACUUUUGGGUAAUUUGCAUGAAUUUGCAACCAUAAGCAGAGUUGUCUGCCAUGUUAUUGAGGAAUCAAAAGCUAGAGAGAGGGGCACAUCGAAUUGUGGAUUGAAUA